UAGAUUGACGUGUGAUUUUUGUACCUUUGGGCUGCGAUUGGGCUUUAUAUGAUCUUUAAAAUCACUGAUAAGUAAUUAUUUAUUAAUGAGAUGCACAAAAUGAAUAUCAAACCUGAUUUAAACAGCAUUGAUAGUUAUCAAAAACUAUUCUCUAAGAUAGAUAACCCUGACGUGGUUUUUCAAAAUUUUGUAAAGAAGUUGGCCAAAUAUCACUUUCAGGUCAAAGCUACAAUCCAGGAUAUUUUAGAAUGUAGAGAAUCCAUGGAGGCGUUGAGUGAGCUCAAUGAAAAGGGUCGGGCAAAGAUAAAUCUACUGAGGGAUGAAAUAGAAAAUAUGGAAUUAUAUGGGAAGGAAGCUUCGGAUGAUAAAUAUAUUGCGGAACUGGCUUCCCAGAGGCAACAACUGGCUAUCCUUCUUAAAGAGUUCAAAGACGCCAACAUCUCCAGCAUGUUUGCAAUAGAGAAGGCUCAGCGGGAGGAGCUGCUAAAGCCACCAGAAGGAGACGACUCUAGUCUCAGAAACAGGAAGAAAAAAGUCGACCGUGAUGCAUUGCUUGAAAAAUCUUCAGGUGUGACAGAGCAGCUGCUACAAAUCAGCAGACAGUUAGCUGACACAACACAAAGAAGCCAGAAUACACUAGACAGUUUAGUUUCAUCCAGUUCUACAGUACAUGGAACUCAAUCAGAGCUUCAGAACACAGCGGGAUCUAUAUCAGAAUCUAGCAAGCUGUUGAAGAAAUACGGACGAAGGGAGUUCACAGACAAACUCAUUAUGUUCUUUGCAUUCCUUUUUUUCUUGGCUGUGUGUCUAUACAUCGUUCAGAAGAGACUGUUUUAGUGUAAGCAUGCCAUGAUUUUUGGUGUCUUUCGAUUUGUAACUGGCCCCGAGCGGCUAAUCCUUUAUCUAUUGUUAAGUAAAACCGCACGUGCCUCUACCUGUAAAAAAGGGUCGUAUAAUUCUCUACGGUUACCGAGUGCUCGCGUGGCGAACCAGUCUAAAAUGUGUCAUCCAGAUGCGUAACAAAGGCGCGUUAUCGAAGAGCGCACCUACAAUGUUUUUUUGAGCGUUGGACUAGCCCGUGCUCAGGUGCCAAUUAGAAAAUUAAGACCCUUUUUUGCAGGUAAGUAGCACGUGCGGUUUUACUUAACAAUAGACAAAGGAUUAGCAGUUCGGGGCCUGCUACGAAUCGACAGACUAUACUAGACUGUUUUAUAGACAAAUGAACAAUAAAUGUGCUUAUUCGGUUGAAUAGGGUCAUUCUUUGAGAAAUAUGUCGGCGGUUGCGUCUAAUUGCCACGUUUCUUUUCAUACACUAUGGGUUGCGGCAAUUAGACCACAUAUAUUUUUUGAUAAUGACCCAAUAAUACUUUGUGCCGUGGUUUUUGCAGCUGAACAAAAUGGCGCUGCAUGGCGUGGUGCCUUAUAGG